AUGAUUAUGAAGCACGGCCAAAGUGAAAAAAUUAUAAAGUGCAGACAUUUUGAAGAUGCAGUUCCCAGCUCUGCUGGAAGAUCAUCAAUCUUCAAGAAGAAAGCAAUAUCAUUUGGUAAUGAGAGCCGGAGCCACCCUUGGCCUCGGGUCAAGACCGGGAACCGAGCUUGGCUGGGCGGCGGGGCAGAACACAGAGCCCCCUCCCGAGUCGCGGCCGAGGCUCCACCACCUCCGCCAGCAUCACGGUCUGAGAACCAACUGGCCCAGCAGCCCCGCUGCCACACCAACUGCCUGGAGGCGCCGCUGUCCCGGGCCUUCCGGCAGCUGGGCUGGAAGGUGGGCUCGCAACCCUGGAUCUUCCUGCUGCUGCCCAUGGUGUUAACGGCUGUUCUCGGCACUGGCCUGAUUUACCAGCCCCAGGAUGAAGACGACCACCUCGAGGAGCAGUACGCGCCGGUAGGGAGACCCACCAAGGCAAGGUGUGCGCUUCGAACCAGGGCCCCUGUGUCCUCCCCUCCUCCCAUCCCACUCUUUUUCGCCUGGGAAAGGAACAAGGGCCUCAACCUGAAAACCAUCACCUUCCCCAUCUACAGCCAAGCCGGUCAGAUUGUCUACCCGGCCAACAUCCUGGGAGGAACUGCCUUAGGCGAGAGGAUGGGGCUGAGCCCCAAAGUUAUGCGGCUGCAGCGCCACCUGAAGACAGGUGAAGGAGAGGAAAAGGAACGUAGCAAGGCGUGCAUGAUCCAUUUCCUGAGAAGCCUGGCAGCCUUGAAAAGAGUCUGUCUGGCCUUGAAGAAGAUCAAGGUACCUAGUGGCUGGGGUUUAUAG